AUGUUUGGCGUACCAAUCUCCAGAAACAGCUCGCUGAAUAUCCUGCUGCCCCCGACCCAUUUCAAGGACUCGGCCAGAAAUGCCAUCUACCAACAGCUACCGCUAGGUGCCCAGUCGUCGGCUCAGUCGGUGCGGUCUGCUCCUUCGCAGUUUAAACAGCAUCACCCUUCCCAGAAGCUGCACCGCUCGCUGGCUCUGAGCGUGUUCUCUUGGAGUAAGCGGUCUGUUCGCUCGGCCCCAUCUAUUUACUCGUCGUCCACCGCCACCAUCCCCGAAGACUCGGAACCAACAACAACCACGGUAGAACAACUCAUCAACGACAUUGCGCUCCAUGAGUCUUACGCCGAGGAACGGUACAUGGAGCGCAAGUCCCAGAUCUAUGCACAGAACAAGUUCACUCUGCCUGUCGAGCUUUCUGACGACGAAGCAGAAGAGUACAAGAUCCUGUUGGGCAGUGACCUCCAAUAUCAAAACGUUCCCGAGUCGCUUGUGGACUGGAACUUGAACGUCACGAGGUGCAAACUCAUGUUGACCAGCAUGCCCAUGGUGUCUUCAUCUCCCGAUCUUCAGUACUCCGCCCAGUCUCUCCCCCAGUUGGUGGGAGACUUGGCUCAAAUAUGCCACAUAAUUCUCCUUCAACCACACAUCACAGACAAGGAAUUCAUUUACACUCUCUACUCGUCGACGCUAUAUCAGGAGCACAACUUGGAUGCCAACUUCAAGCGGUCCGUUGCCGAAAUAUCUGUGAAGCAGUCACGGUUACUUCAGAUCAAUCAGCCCAAAAAACACUUACCGUCACCACCAAUCACCCCGGCAGAACAAACUUUUCUCACUUUUCGUUACAAGGAGAUCGCCGUUCGCAACUACUUGGUCAAUUUGGCUGCAGCAGCGACUACAGCGUACGAGUACAAGUUGAAGAGCGACACCAUGAAGAAAGAGCUACGGUUGCAGCUGAUGAAUGGCACGAAGCGUAAAUUGUCCAAAGACGAGAAAAAGGCUCUUUGGGACGAUGUGCGUCUGGACGUUUUCCGUCGCGCUGGCUUGGAAGAAUAA